UUUAACCCAAAAUCACAAAGUACGUACACAUGGCAAAACAGAAUUGGGCUUGCAAAACAGUGAUUUUUGGUUACUUGAUGCCACAAUAGAUUCUUAUUCACUUGAACGAAUAUAACCUGAGAGGCAAAGGAAAUAAAAUCUCUUCACAAGCUUAUUUUUGAGAUCAAUACUACCCUUCUUAAUCCCAAUUCAGUGCGUUCAGCUUUUAAUCGAUUGGAGAACUUGAUGUACGUUAUAGCUAUUCUGUACCUUAGUUAUCCCCCUCAAGUAACAAAGUCAACAAGUUGUUGUAUGUUUGGGCCAAACCGGAAUGUACAGACGAAGAGUACUUUACUGUACUUAACAUUAUUCAAUCCUCAUUAUAAAAGCAUUUUCCUUCCACUACGAUCUAUUCAGUGUUCUCAGAAACGUGUUCCAUCAUGAAAGCUUACAUUUUCUUCCUUCUGGCUCUAUUGAGCUUCACCGAUGCGUAAGUUUAAUAAAGAAUAAUAUAAAUUAACAUAUUCCUCCUCAUUGCUAAAAUUGGAAAUAUUCCUAGUCGCCAUUUCUCAUACAAGGCUCGAGAGCAAUGGUUGGCCCAAGAAACCAUUCCUUCCAAUUACGACAAGCGGUUCAGACCACCACCGGUGUCCGGCCAAGAGAAUGGACCAGUCCAAGUUAAUAUCUCAAUGUACAUCCAAGAGUUAAGCAUCUGUUCCUAUCGUCAACAAUUGAUUGUUGGUGGAUAUUUCCGUCAAUUCUGGGUGGACCCCCGAUUGGCCAUGACCGAGGUCGAGGACAAGGACGAGACCAUCCUGACUUUGGGGGACAUGUUCGUGGAUACCCCGAUUUGGAUCCCAGACACGUUUGUGGUCAACAGUAAGAACGGCUUGGUGAGCGAAGAUGCUCCUGAGACCAAAGGAAGGUCCUUCUUGAGAGUGAAGGCUGAUGGAUCGGUUUUGGGAUCGACCAGAUUCCGUUCCAAGUUGAUCUGUCCCAUGUCCAAGAAAGAUACGGAGGUGACUUGCUCGUUCCAGGUUGAAAGCUUUGGUGCAAAAGCCACUGACAUUUCCUACGCGUGGAAAGAUUUUGAGGCCGAUUCGAUGGUCGUGUCCGAUCAAGCCAUCAAGUUGUUGAAAAAUAACGGCUGGAAAUUGAUUGAGAGCACCCCUGUCAAUGACCACGUUGAGCUUGACAUUGGAAAAUACUCUAAGGUUUCGUUGAACUUCAAAUUGGAGAAAUUUGAGGGAGAGGAAGAGGAAACGGAAUCUGAUGACCUUUAAGGAUUAGUGAACAAGAUGCUAUGCUUCCUGAUCUAAUCUUACAAUGUAGAUAAUGAAUAAAUCAGUUUUUGCAACA